UCCUCCAUGCGACACUACAAAAUAAUACAAUUUCCCCGACUCUGCACUAAUGCAGUGCACUGGGCCAAGGUUCGAAACAUACCCAGAUGACCGGGACGCGGACGCUCUGAGCGCACAGGAAUGACAGAACCGCGACUCGGCUGUAGAGUGCGUAAUGCGAUUCCGGCCCUCCUACCUAAGGAAAGAUGAGGGAAUGGUGGCUUCUUGUGGGCUUGCUGUGCAUUCCUCUGCUGGCGGUCUACCUCCACAUCCCUCCUCCCCAACUGUCCCCUGCCCUCCUGACCUGGCACUCUGCCGGAGCAUUCUUCACUUUCAGGGGCAACAAUAUAUUCUACAGAGAGACCUAUGGUGCUGUAGGCAGCUCUGAUGUAGUCAUCCUCCUCCAUGGCUUCCCUACCUCCAGCCUUGACUGGUACAAGAUAUGGGAGCCCCUGAAUCAGCGCUUUAACCGAGUCAUUGCUCUGGACUUCCUUGGCUUUGGCUUCAGUGACAAACCUAGGCCCCACCGCUACUCCAUCUUUGAGCAGGCCAGCGUUGUGGAGGCGUUGGUGUCCCACCUGGGUCUGACAGAGCGGAGGGUCAACCUGCUCUCCCACGACUAUGGAGACACUGUGGCCCUGGAACUACUCUACAGGAGUGACCACAACAGGACAGGACACUUGACCAUCAACAGCCUCUGUCUGUCCAAUGGAGGAAUAUUCCCUGAAACACACCAUCCCAGAUUCCUUCAGAAGCUCCUCAAGGACUCCAGCUUCCUCUCUUCGGUGCUGACCCGUCUCACCAACUACAUGGUCUUCUCUAAAGGGCUUGGGGACGUGUUUGGUCCUUACACCCAGCCCACAGACGCGGAGUUCUUUGACAUGUGGACAGGGGUCCGCUUCAAUGAUGGGAACCUGGUCAUGGACAGUAUCCUGCAGUUUAUUAACCAGAGGGACGAGCACAGAGACAGAUGGGUUGGUGCUCUCACCUCUACUUUCAUCCCUGUUCAUAUGAUCUAUGGACCCCUGGAUCCAGUCAACCCUCACCCCCAAUUCAUCCUCCUUUACCAGAAACUGGUCCAGAGGUCCACUGUGUCGGUUCUGGAUGAACACAUCAGCCAUUAUCCCCAGCUGGAGGACCCUACUGGCUUCCUCAACGCCUACUUUAGCUUCAUCAAUGCCUUCUGAGCAACCUCACCAGCAUUAGACAAUCUGAACUUGACAUCCGCGAGCAUAACCUGGGUCAUGUUCAUUCGGGCUCACAACAGGAAGGAUUUAAAAUGUUUUGCACUGGGAAAACAAAAAUAUGAAUUUCUUAUUAUGUGGUCCUCUGUAGCUCAGCUGGUAGAGCACGGCGCUUGUAACGCCAAGGUAGUGGUUUCGAUCCCCGGGAC